GUCUUAUGACCCUUUUGUUCCAAAAGAUGGUGCCGCUGGCGGGCCACCCUCAAAAACUCAAAAUAUUCAAAAACAAAUUGACGAUACGGUCGGUAUUAUGCGUGAAAAUAUCAACCAAGUGGCUCAAAGAGGUGAAAGAUUAGAUGCAUUGCAGGACAAGACUGAAAAUUUGACCGUAUCUGCGCAAGGCUUUCGCCGCGGUGCUAACAAAGUACGUAAGCAAAUGUGGUGGAAGGACAUGAAAAUGAGAAUUAUCAUUGCCUUUGUAAUAGUCGUUAUAUUGUUGGCGAUAAUUUUUAGAAUUGACAUGACUCCACAUGGAAAACAACCUCAAAAUAAGGAAAAUAAAGAAGUUAGCCCUACUAACUCUGAAGAUUCAUCAUCAUCGGGUCAUUCCAGCCGUUCAAGUAAUCAAACUAGUUCCACUCUUCUUUCUGAGAAUUCUUUGUAUGAAAAUAAGUAUACGGAGGAUACAAAAUUGGACGGAAAUUCUUUCUACUAUAAUGGACGUUAUGAUCAAUCAAAGAUAAUUAAAGAAGAUAUUAGAUUACGUCAAGGUUCACCGAUCACCUCUCUAGAUGACGAGGCUAUGCUCCAUACACAAUAUGUCGAAGCAACCAUGCACGAAAAAGCUCAUAAAGAAUUUGUAAUCCCACAGACAAAUCCACGAUCCGCUUGUAUCACGUGUAUCUAUGGAAACAUUUUAUUGAAGCCUUGUGGUCAUAGGAUGUGUGAAUCAUGCGUUAAAAAAUUGCGUUGUAAUGAUUCUUUCAAGUCAUACUCGGAAUGCAUACACUGCGGAAAGGCUAUUGUAGAAUUUAAAACAAUUUCUUCAAUUCCUCCUGGAGGGGGUUUCUUUCCAACUCCGUUAAAUUCUGGUGACAAGACGCAAAUUACUAAUAAUGUAAAAUUAAGUGUGCAAAGCAUUCCGGAACAAAUUCCUUUCGGUUCAGUAUCUUGGGUUUUCCCAGGUAUCACACCUUCAAAUGCCCCAUCGGGAAUGCAAACUAUGACCGGCGUUGUUGCUAAUAGGUCCCACCAAACCCAAUUUGGAGACCUUAGCAAACAAGCAGUUCCGCAUAACUGGCCUGUUAUAAAGCUUACAAACAUUCCUUGGGAUAUUUCCUUGAAGGAAGUAAGAACUUUUUUCUCGGCUUUCAAGAUGCCUAGCAUAUCUUCGUAUGGGCAGAAUAUUCAUAUUAUCAUGGAUCGUUCAACGGGCAAAACUCUCUCAGAAGCUUAUGUUGAAUUUGCAACAAUUGCAGAAGCGCAACGCGCGGUGGAUGCACGUAAUAUGAAACCUUUAAAGGGACGUCUUAUCUCGUGCAUGAGAUCAUGUCAUGAAGAUUUGAUGAGAGCGGUGUUUCCAAAGUGGAAAGGGGAAUUUUCCGGAUGUGACGCGGUUGUCACUGACGAGCUAUUACAAUCAUCUCGUUUUGUGUCGCGCAUUCCUCUUAUCACGAGAGAAGAGAUUAACUCACUUCUUGUGGUUUGCCGUAAUUAUAAGCUUCAUUUUUCUCGUAAAUGCGCAGAGCGUCCAUUUGAGAAUAUCAUUAGUGUUCUCGUUAAGUUUCCUUUUCACCAAGGAAAUCUUUAUACCACGCUGCAACGUGAUCUUUUGUUUGAGAUGUUAAAACUCUCAAUCGAAUCGCUCAAAAUUCAUUUGCGCAAGGAUUACCAUCGUAUUGACGAAACCUUAUUGGAAAGAAUGGUGCGAGCUGGUAUUUUGACACCUGUAUUUACCGAACGUCAAAAAUCAAUGAUUCUUCAAGUGUCUAAUAUGAAACUCCCCGAGGAUUUACAAGAACAUUUAUUUCCUUAUCAGAAGGAUGAAGAAUUGCGGCAAAAUGGCAAAGAUUACACUCAAAAUCAACCUGAUCAAACUUCAUCCGCUAUAUCUGACUCGGUAGGAUUGAACCUACUUCCCUCAGGAUUACUUGACGUAAAACUUAACGAAUCAAGUGUCGAAUAUAAAGAUGAACUUGACCCUUUCAAAACUGAUUAUAAGACAAAGGCAAAUUUCUUGCAUAAAGAAUUGAAAUUAGCACAAUCACAAAUCAAAACUGCAGUGGCUAAUAUACCUCGUAUCAAUAUUCCUACGUUUAAUCAUCCACAAACUCCUCGAAAUGGUCCAAUUCAAGCAUUUGAUGUAUGGAAUAGAUUAAAUGAAAGACGAUACAAGGAUCUAGGAGGCUUCGCGAUUGGAAGAUCACAAAUUAUGCCUCAAAACAGAAAGCCGCACUUUAUGAGUCCAACGGGAAGACAGCAAAUUGUUCCUUCACCUGCACUUUCUCAUCAACCUUGGAGUUUGCCUAUUCAGCAAUACCUUGAUGACAAUCCUUUUUUCGUUAAAGAUCACGAAAAUAAUAGCUCUGCUUAA